UGCUUGCAAUUUAAAUGCAGAUCGUUGGAAAUAUGGUGCCGUUAAUUAAAUACGAAUAACUGCUGCGAUUUUCGGUUUGUUUUUAUUUUUACAAAGGAAAUAUUUACAGAUGAGCUGUUAACAUGGAUAACGGAAAUGCUGUUGUGGAAGAAGUGGCUGCAUCGUUAGUAAGAGAAUAUCUCAGUCGAAAGGGACUGAAGAAAACUAUUAUGUGCAUGGAUGAAGAACUUCCGCGCACUGAUUUAAGUAUUAAUAACAGAAAUGAGCUUCGCAAAAUAUUACAUCUGGAUUCACUGUAUAAGAAAAACAAGGUCCAGAAAGUCCAACUUAAAGCAAUGCUGGAAAUUAUUGUGAAACAUUUAAUGGAAACCACUCAGCAAACUAUUUCAACAGCAGAGACUGAUUUAUUUUUUAUUCAACAAAAAACAAAGGUGAAAUCCAAGCCUGUAGGGGCAUUGAGUGUGCAGUUGUCUGAUGUUGCUGAUGAUGAGACGGGUGGAAGCACAGCUGUUUCCGAACAGAGUAAAACAGAUUUUGGAAGGUCUGCUGAUGAUAAAACACACAUCUCCUACACAAAAGCUCCUUUCAAAACUUCCCCAGUGUACAAUAAGGCUGCAAUACUGGAGGCUGGGAGCAGCGAGCCAUCUUCAGAAAGUGAACGGGAAAAUCUGCCAAAGUUUAUGUCUUCAGCAAAUGACAAUGAAGGUGUCAGGUCUGUUUUUAGUACUGGUGAAGUAAAAAAUGCUUUUGCAGAACUUCAGAAGCAAAGAUCAACUCGCCCACUGCGCGGUAUGAUGGCUGGACCUAUUUCUAGUUCCCAAGAUGACUGCAGUAAAAAACGAAUUUUUCGGAGAUAUUCAGCAUCAAAUUUGGCUACUCCUCUAAAAGAUGAAGAUGUGCACAACAGACAAUUACAUUUUCAGCCUGCAAAUACUGCUGCUGUUAACAAUUUAUUUCCUCAUGAAACUGAUAUACAGUUACAGAGUACACAGGACAAAAAAACAGAUUCUGCCUCAAAGACAUUGCUUGCAUCCCAAAAAGUAGUACAGAAACUCGAUUUUAAGGAAGAUACUUUGAAACUGAGAAAUGAAGUUAAAUCUCUUUUCAAGGAAAUGCCAAGCAUUCGAAGGAAAGAUUCUUCGGAAAACUUUGAACCAGAUCACGUCCAACUGAAGGCUAUGGAAAUAGAUGACAUUGAGGAGGAUGAGAGGUUUGAAGGAGGCAAACCCCACGUUUUUUCCAGUGUGAAGAAGAUUAAUGUAGAUGCAUCUCCUAUUGAUUUAAACCUUGCCAUUGAACUUAAAAAACUCUUAUUUGGCUCAAGCAAUGCCUGCUUUAAUGAAGAAUGGAAGAUUCAAAGUUUUGUAUUUAGUGAAUUACCAGAUUUAAGAUAUGGUAUUGUGCAGAAAAAGGGUGGUUCUUGUGGGAUUCUUGCAUCUGUUCAAGCCUGCGUAUUACAAAAACUACUGUUUGAAGAUGGAAGCAGUGACAGCAGAACUCAUAAGUUAAAACCAUUGAAGACUCAACUAAGCAAAUGCCUUGCUUUGGCCAUAGCAGAAAUUUUAUGGCGUGCUGGUGAGAAAAAGAAAGCUGUUGUUGCCCUUUCUUCAGGCAGAAAGCAUUUUAUUCCAGCUGGAAGGUAUAAAACUGAUGGAAUUCUAGAAACGGUGAUAUUGAAUACAGUCAAUACACUAGAGGAUUUAACUUUGUUCCUUGAACAAAAUAUUCAGCAGUUUGAACUCGGCCCAUAUGGAUGUAUUUUGCUUACCCUGUCUGCAAUCUUUUCAAGAUCUAUGGACUUAAUUAGGAAAGAUUUUGAUGUUCCAAGUAACACUCUGAUUGGAGCCCAUGGAUACUGCACACAGGAACUAGUAAACCUGCUACUGACUGGAAAAGCUGUUUCAAAUGUAUUUAAUGAUGAAAUACAGUUAGAUUCUGGGAAUGGAAACAUCACUCUUUUAAAAGGAGUUAAAGGAAGAAGUGAUAUUGGAUUGCUUUCACUAUUUGAACAUUAUAACGUAUGUAAGGUUGGCUCCUAUUUAAAAACCCCAAGGUACCCCAUAUGGGUGGUUUGUAGUGAAAGCCAUUUCAGUGUUCUGUUCUGUUUGCGUAAGGAGUUACUUAGUGACUGGAGGAUUGAAAGACGGUUCGAUUUGUAUUACUACGACGGACUAGCUAAUCAGGAGGAUGAAAUUCGUCUAACUGUGGAUACUUCUCAAAGCAGUAUUCCUGAAACAGACAGUGAGCUCACUCCUCCUCUUGAACAUUGCAUCAGGACAAAGUGGAAAGGAGCUUUGAUUGACUGGAAUGGAACAGAGCCCAUUCUCUGAACAGCUACUCUAGCUUAAAGUACUAAAAUAAGGGAAUUUGAAUUAUCAGCUCUCAUUUAAAAUUCACAGACAAGACCUGAAUAUUAUUUUAAUAUGUGAGCCAGUGGCAUACAACAACACGUCAGAAAGGAUUUCAAGAACUUCAAAGUCAGUUUUUAAUGUGUAUUUCAGCUUGUUUUUGAAGUUGUCUGAGUUUAAUUUCAUACCAAACAGGUUAUAAUUCAAUCACUAUUUAUAAAUCCAGGCCAUCCAGGACUUCUAAGAAGUACUCCAUUUUUGCCUUUGAAUGAUGAAGCAUGUCUGUGAUUGUUGCCACAACUACCAUAAUUUCUCUUGUUAAUAGUUCAGGGAGGAUUAUCUUUCCCUUUUGUUCUUUUAAAUACUCCAAUGUAAGCCCUAAGAUCUGCUUAAACAAUAUUUACUUCACUGGUCUGCACCAAAGUCCUCCCAUGUUAAAGAAUCAGUGUACUUAUAGAUUUAGGUGUGCUGAAUUCAUUCCUGAUAUUGGAAUUUCUCCGUACAAACUGUUAAUGUGAGAUAUGAGAGUCAAUGAAAAACACUACAUGUCUGUUUUAUAGCAUAAGUAUUUUUCAAGCUCAGAAAAAAAUAUCAUUUGAAGUAUGUUUUGAGCUAAAAAUGAUGUUAAAAUUGAUUUGGGGUUAUUUCCAUCUCAACUAAGUAUUUGCUACACAUUUUUGCUCUCAGUCAUCUUUUUCUCUCUUCUUAUUCUUCCAAAAUAGCAAGGAAUUUAUAUUUUGAAGGUUAGGAGGAAGCUUUUUGUUAUCUAGAAGAGAGAAAGUAGACAACAAGAACAUUUUUUUACUCCCACUUCACAUAAAGCUGGAGUUGAUCAUAAACAUUAUGAAGGCAAUGAAUAGAAAUAUGGGAAACAUUCAGAUACCUCAGAUGGAAGUUUCCUUACACUAGCAAAGCAAAAAUAAAAGAAGGCAUCUUUGCUGGACCACAAAUCUGGGAGCUCUGCAAAUCCAAGCUGUGCAAAGUUGAAAAAAAGAGGUUAGGAAGCAUUUGAUAACAUGUCCCACAAUUUUCUGGAGAAUACAAAGGCAAAAAAAGAGGCUCUGUUGGAUGCGACAUGUCUUUAAAAAUCUAUUUCCUACACUCUCAUUUGGAUUUUUGCCCGUGUACAUGGCACUCGUCUCUGGAAAAAAGAUUGGGAGAGGUUCCAUCAAGACAUCGCUCAAAUGGAGAGACGUCUAUGUUAGCGGACAUCUGUUGGUCAUUCCACUGUGAAAUGCCUUCAGAAGAUUACAAGAGGAAAAAAACUACCAAGUAAUUACUUUUUGUAGGUAAUAAUUAUAUUUCAAACAAUUACAUGUGUAAUUUAUAAAUCUUUAAAAGUCUAAUACAUUUUAAAUAAUUUGUUUUUUUUCUCUAAAAUAAAACCGUCAUCUCUCAAAAUCUGGAUUUAACGGAGCAAUUUUGCUGCUAGAUGUGGAAUCCAUAAAGAACACCUAAAAUGUUUCAUGGGAGUGAAUUAUUUUUUGUUUUGCAGACCAGGGUGUUCAACCACAACAUCUGAACAGAAUUCUUCUCUGUCUGUUUUUAAAUCUCUUUUAAAAACCCAUCUCUUUACCCUGGCCUUUGAUACCUUGUGAGAAGUUCGUUUUAGCUCAUUUUACUUUUGUUGUUUUUAGCUGAUUUUAUUCCAUUUUAUAUUGUUUUAUCGUAGGGCUGUUUU